AUGCACUGCGCCCCAUGCUCUGCACCCUAUGCUCUGCGCCCUAUGCUCUGGGGGGUGGCGCACAACAUAGCGGAGUGCAUGGCAGCACUCUCCGCCGCGCCCUUCCUCAUCUCCGCUGUGGGGGAUGACGGUGCAGGCAGGUCGCACUGCUGCAGGCAGGUCGCAAUGCUGCUCUGCUCUGCUCCCCAUCUGUUCCUCCCCAUCUGUUCCUCCCCAUCUGUUCGUCCCCAUCUGUUCCUCCCCAUCUGUUCCUCCCCAUCUGUUCCUCCACAUCUCUGUUCCUCCCCAUCUAUUCCUCCCCAUCUGUUCCUCCCCAUCUGUUCCUCCCCAUCUGUCCCAUCCCUUCCUCCCCAUCUGUCCCAUCCCUUCGGAAGGAAUGAGGGAGGAAGGACGGGUGGAGAUGGUGAGAUGGGGAGAGGGGAAGAGCGGAAGACGAGGGGAAGUGCGAGUGACUGGGAGGCAAGCCCAACGACGGGACACGCGGGCGAUGAGGGGAGGCAAGGGCGGCGAGGGUCGGCACGGGUGAUGAGGGGAAGCGCGAGCGACGAGAGGGAAUGUCGGUGA